AUGCUCGUCUGCUGGCAAACGUCAGCAUCUCGUGAACUCUGCUCCGGCUUUGUGGCUUCGAGGCUGCCGCCGACUAUGACCAUGCUCUUCGAGGUCGCUGACCUGAAGGCCGGGUCGCUGCAACAUGUGGCCUCUCCGGCCACUGUGAGCCGCUGCGGCAUGGUCUACCUGGAACCCGUCCACUUGGGUUGGAAGCCUCUGGUUCAGAGUUGGGCCGAGAACUUCAAGAAGAAGUACCCCAGCCACAGCGAGACCCUCAAGAAGUGGGUCAUCGAUCUUUGUGACAAGGCGCUGCCCUUCCUGCGCGAGGAGUGCAAGGAGGCUCCCGGCAUCGCUUCGGUGGACACCAACCUCGUUGCAUCCUUCCUCAAAAUGCUCACGACCUUCAUCUCCCCACAGCAUGGCUUCAAGCUUGAGGAGGGCCGCGAAGGCAAGGCCACGCAAGCCGAGAACAAGCAUGAAAAGGUCCUGGCCCGCAUCUACUGUGCAUUCUCGGCAAUUUGGUCACUGGGUGCGAACCUUCAUGAGGCCUCGCGAAAGAAGUUCCAGGAUUUCUUGAGGGCACCCUUGCAGAUGUUCUGCCCGGAAGUUGGGGACGAGGACCUCUACUCAUUGUGCGUCAAUGAUGCGGAGGCGUCUUUCAUACCGAUCUCCACUCUGGUGCCAGCUUUCUCGUUCGAUGCAACAGUACCAUUCUUCAACAUCCUGGUGCCCACUGUGGAGACCACUCUGCAGCGACUGCUCGUGGAAAAUCUCAUGGGCUCCGGGUAUCAUGUGCUCUUCUCAGGUGAGACUGGCGUUGGGAAGUCCGUUGGCAUCCAGCAGUUCCUUGCGAGUGCUGGUGAGAGUUUUGCAGUUGCGUCUGCAAACUUCUCAGCGCAGACAUCGUCGGCCAAUGUGGUGGACUUCUUGGAGAAUACGUUGGAGCGAAAGCGAAAGACUUUGCUGGGCGCUCCUGCGGGCAAGACAAUGCUGCUCUUCAUUGACGACAUCAACAUGCCCAUGUUGGAAAAGUACGGGGCACAGCCGCCCAUUGAGCUGCUCCGGCAGGUGAUUGACUACAAAGGCUUUUACGAUCGCAAGAAGCUCUUCUGGAAGGGCGUCCAGGAAACCCAGCUCAUUGCGGCCUGUGGUCCUCCAGGGGGCGGCCGGAUGGAGGUGACGCCUCGACUCUUGCGCCAUUUCAACAUGAUCUGGAUGACUGCGCUUCCGCAGGAAACAAUGCAUCGCAUUCUCAGCUCCAUCCUGGGCGGCUGGCUUGGGGUGAAGAAGGCAGCUCUGCAGGAUCUGGCCAGUGAUAUUGUGGCCGCGAGUGUUGACAUGUUCUUCCGAAUCAUCUCGGACCUACUGCCAACUCCUUUAAAAUGCCAUUACACCUUCAACUUGCGCGAUCCUGCGAAGAUGCUUCAGGGAAUGCUCAUGGUCAAUGUCAGAACAGAGCUCUCGGACGAAGACAGCCUGAUCAGGCUUUGGGUGCACGAGACUUGCCGCCAAUUCAGAGAUCGCCUGGUGAACAAGGAGGACAGGGCUUGGUUUAACGACUGCCUUCAUGAAAACCUCGAGAAGCACCUUCAGAGAACUUGGCCCGUCCAGAGUUUUGCGGACCUGAUGUUCGGCGACUUCUUCGACCGGAAUGAGAAGCCGUAUGUCCAAGCCACCGAUCCUGUUCGAACGCAGCUGACAUUUGAGGAAGCAUUGGAGGAGUACAAUGGCAUGAGUCCGAGCAAGAUGAACCUUGUGUUCUUCAAGGAUGCUCAAGAGCAUCUUGCCCGCGCGUCCAGAAUCAUUCGCCAGCCGCGAGGCAAUGCCCUCCUCGUGGGCGUCAGCGGUGUGGGCAGAAAGAGUUUGGCACGCAUGGCUGCGCACAUGGCCGAGUUCGCGUGCAGCUCGAUCGAGAUUACGCGCACAUAUGGCGUCAAUGACUUCCGCGAGGACCUGAAGCGAAUGAUGAUGGACGUGCUGAAGAGCGAAGGAAAGGGCCUGGCCUUCCUGUUCUCAGACACGCAGAUUGUGAAGGAGUCGUUCCUCGAGGACAUCAACAACAUUCUCAACACCGGCGAGGUCCCGAACCUUUUCCAGGCUGACGAGCAGGAGCAGGUGAUUGGCCUGACGAGGCCGUUGGCCAAGGCAGCUGGGAAGGUCGAUGCACGGGACGUUCUGUGGCAGCACUUCGUCCAGGUGGUUCGCGAAGGCUUGCACAUCAUCCUGGCGCCGGGCCCUCUAGCCGACUCUGGCCCACUGAGAGCUCUCUGA